AUGGUGUACCAUUCGAGGUCAGGUGGCGAUGAUGGAGGCACUGAGACAUUCAACAACGACGCCAAGAGAGAGACAGUAGAGAUUUUCUUUGAUUUGGUGAGUAGUGUUGUGUGUAGGAAGGAGAUGGAAAGAAUAGGUGGAUUACAAGUGUGUCCUACGUGUUCUUCUCUUCCUCUACCCGGUUCCUGCUUCCAACACGGUGUCCUCCACCGUCUUUAUUCCCCAAUCACAUUAUUCCACCGUAUCUUCUCUAAACCGCUUCGUGUCCUACAUCUCUUCCACCUUCUCGAUCUUCAUCGUCUGCUUCCUUCAUUUGCUUCAACUUCAGGAAGGUGUCGUUUCAUCCUCCCGCUUCCGACCGCUACAGUUUUUUUAUGGGUGGAUGAGAAAGAUGCCCUAGCUUCACACAGCAGAUGAUUCUAAACCCAUAACACUCAGUGUGUGAUUGAGGUUCUUGAUUUUCAUUGCUAUGAGAUGUGAGAAUGAUGAAACGUCACCAUUCAUUCAUUUUGCUGGGUUUUUCAUUACAAGAAGAUCAAUAGACAUUGACCAGGAAGAUUGUUGAAGUAUUGUGUGGGUCAAGAAAUCGAGCACGUCUACUGUUACCUUUAAGGUAUAUUACAACUCAUAAUUGAACAAUAGAUGAUACCAGUUGUAUGUACUGUUAUUACAUUAAUUUCAAACACUACGAAAAUCAAGAAAUUGUUGUGUCUUAUAAUUUACCCUUUUUCAAAAAAAAAAAAAAAAAAAAAGCAACCAAAUUGUUAUUUCUCAUGUUUAAGUU